AUGACAUCUCCUACAAAUAUUCGUAAAAGUCGGGGUCAUAAUUUAUUCGAUCGUCAAGCACAAUUACACAAUGACACACCGGCAGAACUCAUUGAACAUCCAGGCAUUUCAUCAUCUACAGCAGUACCACCUCAGAAAACGUAUCAUUCAAACUCAUCACCUCCACCGUCGACUUCGUAUAAUAUGAGACCAUUAGUAUCCACACCUAGUCAACCAUCGUCGUCUCAACAACAACAUAAUUCACCACAUUUAAUUAAAAAAUCAUUGUUCACGUCAAAUAAUCAUCAGAAUCAUAACAGUGAAAAUAUAAUCAGUGAAAAUGAUUCCAAUAUUACUCUAAUCGGUGUUAGAUCACGUCCAAUAUCAACAUAUAUCGAAUCGACACCGAUUAGGAAAUCACCUCUAUUACAAGAAACAGAUUUUCCAUUAACAUUACCGCAAGAAAAAGAGCAAGAGCAACCAUACGAUGAAAAUUCGACAAUAACAACAACAGCACCAACGAUAGCAACAGGUUAUUCACUUCAAACUGAAACAGCGUGUGCUAUGGUUGAAAAGGCAUUUGAUUAUUUGAAUCAUGACGAUGAUGAUGACGUUGUAGUUGGUACGAAAGAGGGAGAUUACCAGACAGAUGAAUUUGAAGACGACUUUGACGAUGAAGAUAAUGAUAGCGUUGAUUCAGAUGCUGUACCAGUGAAAGAUAGAACAGUAAUAACGGAUCAUAAUAGUGAUACAACAUCAACAGUGAAAACAGGUAAUUAUAAAAUGCUUCCAUAUUUAGUUUUAUUUGCACUUAUUAACAUCUAUUUUAAAAACUAA